GAUCGAUUGGCUCUAGAUUCUACACUGUUAUUCUAGACGGUUGUAUUGAUUACUUGCCAGCACCAUGAGAGACAUCAUAUUUUAUACGAACGAUUACUUCCCGCACAUAAGGAACUUUUGAAACCAUUUUCAACCAGAGCGAUUCGUUCUAUUCAAGAAAUCCAUGCCCUUCUGAUCCUUUGCUUGUGGAGCCUCCCAUCCCAUAUCCCGUUACUAGAUCCAACAUGGACGUACGUUAGCGUUGCUAUCGAUACAUGUACGAAAAUGAAUUUCCACAAGCCUUUGCCUCAAGACCAUGUUGCAUACGGAUGGGCAUGUUGGCUGGACACCGAGGAGAUCACGGUUCAAGACCAACAUAUGACUUGGUUAGCUUGCUUCAGUAUUAGUACCCAGGCCGCCGUCUAUCAAGGGGUUCUGCCCCCGCUAUCCCCUUUCCAUCAAUUGAAAUACGUCAAGAACGCCAUUCGACAACUAGGACCCAUCCUGCAACCCGAACACCAAGCAAGCCUUGCAAUAUACGAGUGCGUGUGUAAUUACUCGAUAGCAUUGGAAGACACCGAAGACUUAGCAGCCCACCUCCCUCUCGUUCAAACGUUUGAAGCCGCCCUAGAUAGUAUCGAGCAGAUCUACAGCACUCAUUCGAUGCCCGAACUCAACAUCUUGCUACAAUAUGCGAAACUGAACUUAUAUGCCAUGGUCGUCUUAGAAGGGUCACAGGCAGGCAGUCAAGUGGAUGAGCAAAGCGUCUUAAAUAAGCGAGCCCUCCUACUCCGCGGGUUAGAAUCAGCGUCUCGCGUCAUCUACCAAAUGAAGGAGCUUAGUCUCCUACCAGUCGAAAACGGCGUCUCCAACGCUGGAAAAUUGACGUUCUAUCCGAGACAAUAUAUCACGAAUAUGUUCUUCGCUGCCAUUUACUUGUUCCGUAUGCUGGUAGAUUGCCGUCCUAUCGGCCAGAUGCACGUUACACUUGCUCUUGGCAGUAUCGCAGAAGCUAGGGAUAUAUUCCGACUUAUGCCACACAAUCGUGCUGCGUUAAUGGGUGCAGAUUUCCUUAGCAGGGUUGUUGACAAGGCACAUGCUAUAGAUGCGUCUUCCAGCGUCCUGUCGUUGCCACAGCUCUUGAUCACGAAUCGGCUCGGGGCGUCCUUGCUAUAUGAUAUUAUUUUUCGUAUGCGGUUUUUUGCGAGGAAAGAGUCGAAUGGUCAUUUGGCUGUUCAAAGCCAAGAAAGAGUCGACAAUGGUCUCCAAUCUGAUGUCCUUGCACCGGAGGCGAGGCCUCAACCUCCAGAUAUCCAGCAGGAGCCCUUAGACACUUCUCUUGUACAGCACUCUGGAGAGAAUGUUUGGUUUUCUUGGGAUACCUUUUCGGGUAGCGUUGGAAUCGAUUUUGACCUUUAUAGUUAUAAUUGGACUGGCUGAUAAUAAACUCCACCCGGAUUGAUACGUUCUAUUCAAGAUUCAUGUGUUAUGUUUACAUACCUAGGUAG